AUAUUCUUAAAGUAACAUGCCUAACAUUUAUUAAUUAUUUAGACAAUUUAGGCAAUGGCUGCGCAGCGAUUGGAUAUUCUUGUUGACGUCAAAAGGUAGAAAGCAAAAGAAGAUGCUAAAAAUAUUACAUGGAUUUACUAAACAAAUAAUUGCUGAAAGAAAAGUUUACCAUGAUUGCACUAAUGGUCAAUACUUAAAACAUUUUGAUAAUGACACGUCGGCAAAGAGAAAUGACGCAGAACCUGUAGGAAUACGAAGAAAACGGCUUGCAAUGUUGGAUCUUCUAAUAGCGGCAUCUCGUGACGGCCUUAUGACUGAUUCAGAUAUUAGGGAGGAAGUUGACACUUUUAUGUUUGCGGUACAUAAUUUCUUUU